AUGUUCAUGCUCUCUAUUCUCCUGCUGAGCCUCUGCGGAUUAUGCACUGGAUAUCGUGAGAAUCCAGACACAAAUUCUUGCAAGGACUCCGGCAAGUACAUGGACGAUACCACUCGCUAUAAGGUCCUACAAUUUCACGACGGAACUCGAACUGUACUCGCUCUAGGAGAAUCGCCAGAUAACAAAGGCGGUUUCCUCCCACCUGCCAAGAACUUAUUCAAGAUGGACUCCGGCAAGUACAUGGACGAUACCACUCGCUAUAAGGUCCUACAAUUUCACGACGGAACUCGAACUGUACUCGCUCUAGGAGAAUCGCCAGAUAACAAAGGCGGUUUCCUCCCACCUGCCAAGAACUUAUUCAAGAUGAGAUGGAAUUGUGCCCUAGAAGAACAAGCUCGUAAGUUGACUGAAAACUGUCCUGACAAAGUCACAGGAGUACCAGAACAAGGACGGAAUUUCUAUCACGGCGCUGUAACAGAUACGAGAAAAGGAAAGUUCCAAUUCCUAAGCGAUGCGGUAGACGAGUGGCUUGCUCCAACGGACACCUAUGCUUUGGGAGCUGAUGCCACCUUCGAUGACAGCAAUUUGUAUUCCUUCGCUAAUAUGGUAUAUGAGAAGAUUUACGAAAUCGGUUGCACUUUUGAACAAUGUGGUAGCGGCAGCGCAGCCAAAGCUUCGCUCCUGUGCAUUUACAAUACCAAAGUUCCCUUGAACACAAAGCUGUACGAAAUAGGAAGCACGAACCAAACUAUUGCGGGUUGUGCAUGGGAUGAUAAAGUGUGUGAACACCUCCAAAUAAAGGAAUCAGCCGAAUGUGAUGAUCUUCUCUGCAAGUUGCCUUACAAGGUUCAAAACGGAUUCCUAUAA